GACUCGAGGCACCAGAGCCGCGGAUUUCGCGCGAGAUAUAGAAGCAUAAACACACAUACACGGUUCUCGCACACGCACGUAAGCACGCAGCCAGCCAGUCAUCGAGGACCUCGCACGCACGCACGCGGUGUCCCGCGUGGACAGACGAACACAGAGAGAAAGAGAGAGAGAGAGAGAGAGAGAGAAAGAGUCGCUCGCUCAAGCACACGUGCUCACCACACGGGGGUGGGUGUCUCUGUGUCUGUGUGUCUGUGUGCAUGUGGUACGUGUGUGUGUCGGUCGGUGGUCCAGGGUAAUAAAGAAAUCGAGAAAAAAAAAGUUCAGUGUGUGACACGAAAUACAGUGUGGAACAGAAAACGAGCCGUCUAGGCGCCACGUGCCGUUUCGAAGAAACUCGUUCGAGUGCGCGGGAUGGAUCGAGUGUGUUGCUCGCCGAGUUGAGUCGCGUUUUCUUUUCCGCAUGCGACCGUUCAGGAAGUGGAUUAACGGGCGCGGGGAGGUGCGGCUCCCUGACAAGUGUCGAUGGUGAAGUACAGCAGUGAAUCGGUUAACCAGCGAGCGGAGUUACGGAGCGCGGAACCGAUCCGGUCCACGCUGACGCGCGGGCCGAUGACGUGUCCGCCCGUCUGAACGAGAUUUCGCCCGGGAAAAUAUAGCCGAUCCCGAAGAUCGCCGCAAGCACAGGAAUCAACAGGCAAGAAGGGAUGUCACGGAGAAAGCAAGCCCGACCGAGCCGUGCCCACCUCGAGGAGGAUCUUGUCCAGCAGGGACCUCUGCUGAUCAAUGCCGUGGGAAGCUUGAACGAGACCCGAGAGGAAAAUGACUUCACGUCGGAUGGUGAAGAAAGCGCCGGCGGAGGGGGUGGAGGAGACGAAGCCGUGGACCUCACGGCAUCCAGGUCUCACCAGGGUGACGAGGACGACAAGGAUCAAGAGGAUGCUCUGGAGGAGGAUGAAGAGGAAGGUGUGGACGAGCAGGACGAGCAGGAGGACGAUGAGGAAGGGUCGCGAAAACAGAUGCGCCAUAGACAGGACGCGGAGAACAACAACAACUUCGUGGAGGGCGGUACGCCUGCUAGCCUGUUCCCACCUGCUGGAACUAGUCACGUCACCCUGGAAGCUCUCCAGAACACGAAAGUGGCGGUUGCUCAAUUCGCAGCGACAGCUUUGGCCGGUGGAGCGGACAGCGAGGCGGCCUUGCAGGAUUUGGCGCUGUUGCAGAGCACAUUGUACACUCUUCAGCAUCAGCAAGUGUUCCAAUUGCAGUUGAUCAGCCAGCUACAGCAGCAACUGUCCAUUACACAUAGCCAGUCCGUGCAACAAGGAACGCCUGAGCCAUCGGAUAACAAGGAAAUAUCGCCGUCUCCUUUGAUCCAGCCUAAACCUCUGUCAAGUUUGACAUCACCUCCUUCGUCACGUCCACCGAGUCAUCAACAGACUUCGCCAGCUCCUAUGACGCCAAAUCUCUCUCAGGAACGGCCAACACCGUCUAACAGCGCCUCUCCGUUGAAUUUACCCUUGUCUUCGUCGAAUACGACGGGCACAAUCGCCACCACCAGUAGCAGUCAGGUGCCGAUGGCCCAUCAAAUGCCACCGCUCUGCUCCAUCAGCUCUUCCCUAGCCUCGUCGAUAAUAACUAAUACCGAUCCACCACCGCUACACGAACCAAACACGCUGGAGAUGCUGCAGAAGAGAGCGCAAGAAGUACUGGACAACGCCAGCCAGGGUCUGCUGGCUAACAACCUGGCGGACGAACUUGCGUUCAGAGGGGGCAAAGGCUCUCGUCUCUCCCCGUACGAUUCAAAGUCCGGUAGCGGUCGCGGGGAGCCGUUCUUCAAGCACCGAUGCCGUUAUUGCGGCAAGGUGUUCGGCAGCGACUCGGCACUUCAGAUCCACAUACGAUCGCACACAGGUGAGCGACCCUUUAAAUGCAACGUCUGCGGCAGCCGCUUCACCACGAAAGGGAACCUGAAGGUCCACUUCCAGAGGCAUACGGCCAAGUUUCCACAUGUUAAGAUGAACCCGAAUCCCGUUCCGGAACACCUGGACAAGUACCACCCACCCUUGCUACAGCAAAUCGCGUCUGGUCAAAGACCGAUGCCGUCCCCGCCGCCGCCACCACCUUCUCACCAUCCCUCUUUUCACCCGGCGGCGGCACACGGUUUUUUACCUCCUCAGCCGCCCCUGCCACUCAGUUUAGCCCUGCCCGGUAUGCAACCUCUGUACAGAUCACCGGUUGUCGCUCAUCGGGACGAUCAGGACGUGCCGGAGAACCUGAGUAAGCCUGUUACCACUGCCCCGACCACGUCCCCACAUUCCCCCGCGGUUGUGUCGAACUCUCGUCAUUCCUUUCACGACAAUCACCACCACCACCAACAACAACAACAAAAGCAGCAGCUCGAGCAGAGAGACGAGAUCAAACUCGAGCAGAGAUCGCCUAUGCAGGAGCAGUACCAGCACCAACAGCAUCCUACCAAUCAGGAAGCCACAGAGAGGAUAACACCGAAAAAGGAACCAGAAGAGGCCGAGGAGCCGACGGAAGAGGAAAGCGAAGAUUUCGAGGAGACGACUAGACGGUAUUUAAACUCACCCCAAUCGUCCGUUAAUCCACCCUCUCAGCCGCAGACCUACGAAGACUGCAGUAUGGACAGCAAAAUUAGCGGCCGACUGGAAGGGGACGGCGACAUGGAAAUUGACGAGGAGAUUGAGGAACAACCUGAAAAUUUAUCUGGUCGGGGACCUAUCAAUCGGUUGCCUCAGCAUAUCGUUGCGUACCCUGGUGCUUCUCCUGCCAGCAGUAGUGCGAGCAGUGGAAGCCUUCAAACCUCCUUCGCGGGAAUUCUGUUUCCAGGACCACCUGCCCAUCAUCAAAUACCCCACCAUCCUGCUUCGUCAACUGUAAACCCACCCGCAGUCUCGGCCAGUGACAUGAUCGACCCAGCUAAGGAUCCAGCCAUCUACUCCAGCCUAUUGCCGCGGCCGGGCAGCAACGACAACUCCUGGGAGAGUCUGAUCGAGAUCACGAAGACCUCGGAGACGUCGAAGCUACAGCAGCUGGUCGACAACAUCGAACACAAACUGACCGAUCCCAACCAGUGUGUGAUCUGCCAUAGGGUGCUUUCCUGCAAAAGCGCACUGCAGAUGCACUACAGAACACAUACCGGCGAGCGUCCGUUCAAGUGCAAGAUUUGCGGCCGGGCGUUCACCACCAAGGGCAACUUGAAAACCCACAUGGGCGUGCAUAGGGCGAAACCGCCGCUCAGGGUGCUGCAUCAGUGUCCCGUGUGCCACAAGAAAUUCACGAAUGCGCUCGUUCUGCAGCAACACAUACGCUUGCACACCGGCGAGCCAACGGAGCUGAGCCCGGAACAAAUUCAAGCCGGCGAGGUGAACGAAUUCCCACCCGGUUAUCCGCACCAUCCUCUAGCGUCGUUCCUCCCGCAAGGCUUUCCACCGAUUCAUCCCGCAGGACCAGGCUUCCCGUUAGGCUUUCCUCCGAGCCGGCAGCAAACGAUGGAACGACAGCCUCAGGAUAACGACAUAGACAUUAAAGAAGAAUCCCAGCAACAGCAGCAGCAGCAGCAACAGCAACAGAGGUACAUCGAGGAGCAGAGCGAAGAGGUGGAGGACCAAGAUGACGAGGAAGAGGAUCGCAGGGAUGACGACGAGAGGUGCAGCAUGAAUCGUGACAAUCGUGGCGACGUAGAUGAUGAGCAAGAUCACGAGAGCGAGGAGAAUGAGCACAAGGAUCCGUCUUUGCCCAAUUUCUCCACUUCCCUCGCUGCUCUCGAGAACCAGGUCCGAACAAUCACGACCACGGCCACGUCGAACUUAGGAAACGCAGCCAGAUCGCCACCUUUUCACCGGUAUAACGGUAGCGAAAAGAGUAACAGCCCUCCGAAUGCCGGUGCUCCUUUAGACUUAACACCACGAGCAUCGUCGACACCAGCCUCAGUAGCAUCGGUACCGACGCCACCGCCGCAGCCUACGCACCACCCACAUCCCUUCGGCAUGUUCGCAGGCCUCCUGCAGGCAGUCUCUUCGUCACCAUCUACCAGCAGCAUAGGAACCAGCAGCAUAGGAACCAGCAGCAUAAAUAGCGUCAGCUCCAUGAACGCUGUUACUCCAGCAUCGGGUGCCGCUGGACCAUUGGCGUCCCUCACCACGUCAGCCGUGUUAGCUGCCACCUCGACCUACAACCCGCUCGGCCUGGCUGUCGGAGGGCCAGCAGUGCGUGGAAACACCACGUGUAACAUCUGCUACAAGACAUUUGCGUGCAACUCCGCGCUGGAGAUCCAUUACCGGAGCCACACGAAGGAACGACCUUUCAAAUGCACUAUUUGCGACAGAGGCUUUUCCACCAAGGGCAACAUGAAGCAGCACAUGCUGACACACAAGAUCCGCGACAUGCCACCCCACCUGUUCAGCGACUCGAAGCAACAGCAUCAGCAGCAACCUCAAGAGCACGAGAGUUCGAGAAGUCCCAUGUGCACGGACGAUUCGAGUCUACCUCCACCUCCUCCACCUCCGCCACCACCUCCACCAAUGCCUCCGACCUCCAUGGAGCAAGCCAUUUCGGUGAAAAGAUCCCCAUCCGAAGGGGACCUGCCAGCGCCAAAGAGACCAGCCAGCGUGCCGAGCAAGCACUUGUGCCAGAUAUGCAAUAAGAAUUUCUCCUCGUCUUCGGCGCUCCAGAUCCAUAUGAGAACUCACACGGGCGACAAACCGUUCCGAUGCACCGUCUGCCAGAAGGCCUUCACCACCAAGGGCAAUCUCAAGGUGCACAUGGGCACUCAUAUGUGGACCAACGGAGCCUCUCGUCGAGGUCGUCGAAUGUCGUUGGACCUACCUCCCCUACCUAUCACCCCCAAGGAUUCGGAGUUCCUCCAACGACGGCCGGAUCUCUUCUACCCUUAUCUACCCGCACCGUUCCUUAACGGCGUUCAACAGAAACUGAACGAGAUCUCGGUGAUACAAAGUAACAACGGAUUACCUGGCCACUCGGUGGCCGCCGGAAAGUACGCAGGAUUGUUCGGUUCGGUGUACGCAGCCGGUGCCGGCUUCCCGUUGGACAAACAGCCAAUGGCGGGGACCAACAACGGGCCCCUGGUAGACGGGAAGUCCUCGAUCCCGUCCGGGUCGAUGCUGUUCCAAACGCCGUCACCGUCCCAUUCUCCCGGCACACCAUCGUCGAACGGCAGCAAUCAAAACACCGGCGGCGUUCCUGCAUGGACCGGUGAUGCUCUCCAGCAUCACUUCGACAGAGAGGCUCCUACGAGACCGGAGAGCAACUCCACACCACCCUCGGCUCGACUUCCGCCUCCGCCGGCGGCAAGGGGUGAAGGAUUGGCCACGUGAAGCCCGACCGGUACAUAUCUUCCUUCUUCGAGGCUUCAUGCUUUCGGGAACUGAACUCCGUCCUGGCUGCUACGUAAAGAUAGACAGACAGACAGACGUUCACACAGGGCCGGGCAGUGUUUCAGUGCAUUUUGAGACAAAAUGGACCCGAACGUCCAACGACAUAUCCACCCGAUCCCCGGAAGAGCCAGCAGACACCAUGUUCCUAUUGUUACACUAGUCUUAAACACGUUAAAGAGGACCGAUGGGCCCGGCAGCUAAAGUCCCAACAUUAAGUGGGUCUCACUUCCGGUCCAUUGAACGCCCGCGACGUGAUUUCGCACGAGGGUUAGACGGAUGCGACGCCUAGACUGAGCCGUUUGGCCACAAGACACGUGGCGUCGCGACGUCCCGGCCCUUCAUACUCUGACCGUCCAUGCGCGACAGUGAUGGUCACCUCACUUAGGGUUUAUCGUAUAUUAUAAAUGUGCGUACAGGGUAUCUCGUGUAAUCGAAUGACCCUUCAACAUCCCCGUAACUGAUGACGAUACGAAGAAGACUUUAUAUGGACGCAUUUAGAAAUCCUGAAGGUUCGAAUACAUGUCGAGGUAGCAAAUACAGCGUACCCUGAUAAAAGACAUGACAAAUUUUUAAGUCCACAAGAUACAUCUUUGUGUAACCCUAAUCUAGGUCCUUAUCGCUCCCUGUAUAUUCUAAUUUCGCGUAUUUUUAUGUUUGAGCGAUUUUGCUACCUCUGAAUGAUCGACGCCUUUGUGGAAUAUUUAUAAACACAGUUGGGACUGAAAGCGUGAAACAUCCAUAUCAACGAUAACAGGGAUGUUCGAGGCGUUUACCUCACACGAUAUAUCCUGUACAGGGAGAUAUAAAUAUAUACAUAAAAAAGAAGAUGAUAUAUAUAUUAUAAAUAUAUAAAUAUAUAAAUAUAAAAAUAUUAUAUCGGUGCGAAGGGGUAUGAGUGCGCGAGUUGUAUACACGUGCGAGUGCAUGCGUCGCUUUCUUUUUUCAAGAAGGUCGUUUCUAGGAAUUAAAGAACAAAAAAUGGCGGGCCCGGCAGCGCCCUCGCUGUGAUAUGAGAGGAGCAGCCUGCAAUCAUUUAAACCAAUGUACUUAUACUUUGUACCAUAGUAUUAUUAUUAUUUACACUCGAUGUACAGCACGCACCCGGAAAACCCGUGUCCCGAUGUUCUUUUCUAUGGAAAGACAGUUGACCUCGAUUUGUGUUCCCCCGAACCCCAUCGAUUAAAACUUCUCUAAUUAAAUCAAAGUUUAAUUCCUUUCA